AUGGCGCUGAUCCAACGAGGUGGACCUUUUUUACGAGCAAGGCACAAAGAUCCUAAUCAAAACCGUCUUCAGGAAGACCAACCAUACAAUUCAUACCGCUCGAGUGUCAUAUCUCAGCAGGAGCCGAAACUAGCAGCGAGAUUUUUAUUCUCAAAUACGUUUUCGUACAUGCUCUAUUUGCAUUUGCGAUUACUACCAUGGGAUACAACCCCCUUCGUUGUGUCAUCCUGCGUACCCGUGCUGCAGUACAGCAAGCCUUCAGAUAACUUACAGAGGUAUAAACACAGUUUUGGACGGUUGGAAACAGCUUUUCGACCGGGCGACGCGAAAGCGUGUCCGCUCUCACAUACAACGUACUCUACCUCAAGGUUAUACUUGACAAUUAAAGACAAUCAAUUAGCCAUUUUGCGAGAGAAGUAUGGCGAUGACAGACGAAGACCGAAGCAUCACAGACGACGUCAAAGGUCGCUGGUCGCUUUGGAUUAG